UAUGUACAUACUUUCUCCACGAACAGCACUAAACAACCUACACUCUUCCCCAUUCUGAACAUUCAACCAAGUCAAGUACCGACCUCAAGCCAUCUAAUUACAACAUAAGCUAAUAGCCGGGCCGUAAUCAAAUAUCAACAAUGUCUUCCUCUGCCGCAAUUCCAACUUCCACCUCCGUGGUGGAGAGCGCCGUCAUCCGAGCACCGCUCUCCCAUGUUUGGCAUCAUAUCAAGCUGCACGACUUUGCCAACUUCUGGACGGCCCUGAAGAAGUCCGAGUUUGUCAAGGGUGUCAGCAACGAGACCGACGUGGUCAAGUGGACCUUCAAGGAUGGCACUACCGUCGAGGUCAAGCAGGAGGAGCACAGCACCAUCAACCACUACAUCACCUAUAGUGUCAUCACGGCCCAGCCUGAGCUCACGUAUUCCAGCGUGUUGAGUACUGUCCGCUGCUACGCUGUGACUUCUGGGGACCUGGAGGGAAGCACCUUUGUUGAGUGGACUGGGAACUUCUCCAGCGAUGCUGAUGCCGCUGUCAUCCAGGAUGCCAAGUUCAAGCGCCGCGACGCCCUGGCCGACUUGGCCAAGGCCGCUGCGAAGGUGUAGUGGGUGAUAAAUUUACCCAUUGUUAUUUUGACUAGCACAAGUCCCUGAUGGUUGUUGUUGUCAUUAUCAUCGAAAGGAAGUUGGUCUGAUUUAUCGAUGGUGCUAGCUGAGAAUGUUAACUACGAUGCAUUUCAAAGAAUAAUAAGCUUCGUGACUGCGAACUUCGUUCAGAC